AUGGACUCAGCGAGUGGCAGCCCGUUCCAGACCGCCGUUGAGCACCAGGGCGUCCUCCUUGGGAAGCAUGAGGAGGACAUCUCCGCUGCCUGCCCGACACGCCGUCGGGACUUUGGCCGCCCAGAUGUCCGAGCUGUCCAGCCAGGUCCACAACCUCCGCCUCCAGCCUUCCGCCUCUCAUUUGCGAGGUGGUUUUCCCCCUCGCUCCAGCCCGUCACAUAUGCUAAGGAGAGGGCCAAGGUUGCUUUCGUUCUUUCACUCCUCCACGGGCGGGCUCGCGAGUGGGGAACGGCCAACUGGGAGACUGAGGCGGAGUGCAUCUCAAGCUUUGAGCGCUUCAAGGAGGAGAUGAUCCGGUUCUUCGACCGCUCCGCCUACGGAGAGGAGGCUUUCCCGUCGGCUUUCCACACUUCGGGUUUGUCUCCAGAGGUGCGGGACGAGGUCCUCGUCCGUGAGAUCCCCGCCCGGCUCGACGACCUUAUCGACCUGGCCAUCCGUGUGGAGAGACGUUUUGAUCAACGCCGUCGUGCUCAUCGCCUGGAGGAUACUCUCUUCUCGCCGCCUCGUGUCAGCCCCUCCCACUCAGAGCCUGAACCCAUGCAGCUGGGUGGUCUGCGUAUCUCAUCUAAGGAGCGUCAGAGGAGCCAGCGCUCGCCAGUAGGAGGAGGGUUACUGGCGAGCGCUACCACUAAGACCAUCCCUUCCGUUUCCCGCACGACACUGCCAGCGCAUCUCCAGUGGGCGGGGUCGUCAGCCUCCUGUGCGGCCUUGAUCGAUUCUGGGGCCGAGGGAAACUUUGUGGAUGAAGAGUGGGCGCUCCAACAAGUACUGGGGCACCCUUGGUUAGAACUUCACAAUCCGCACAUUGACUGGGCGAAGGGGAGGAGACGGGAGAUCUGGCUGGGGUACCGGAGGAGUAUCACGAUUUGCGGGGGGGUUUUCAGUCGUUCCCGAGCCAUGUCUCUUCCGCCCCAUCGCCCGUAUGACUGCGCUAUUGAUCUCCGCCCGGGGACCACGCCCCCUCGGGGUAGGCUCUACUCUCUUUCCGCUCCCGAACGGGAGGCUUUAGAGAAUUAUUUAUCUGAGUCCCUCAGCGCCGGCACAAUCGUUCCUUCCUCGUCGCCUGCCGGCGCCGGAUUCUUUUUUGUCAAGAAGAAAGACGGCUCUUUGCGCCCAUGCAUAGAUUAUCGGGGGCUGAACGACAUCACUGUUAAGAAUCGUUACCCACUGCCGCUGAUGUCUUCAGCCUUUGAUAUCCUGCAGGGGGCAAAGGUCUUUACCAAGCUCGACCUACGUAACGCUUACCAUCUCGUACUAAUUCGGGAGGGGGACGAGUGGAAGACCGCCUUUAAACACCCCCUCGGCCACUUCGAGUAUAGGGUUCUUCCCUUCGGAUUGGUUAACGCCCCCGCUGUCUUUCAAGCCCUGAUCAAUGACGUCCUUCGGGAUAUGCUCAAUUUAUUCGUUUUUGUCUAUCUCGAUGACAUUUUGAUUUUUUCGCCCUCUCUCCAGAUUCACGUGCAGCACGUUCGCCGCGUUCUCCAACGUUUGCUCGAGAAUCGACUCUUUGUUAAGGCCGAGAAGUGCUCCUUUCAUGCUUCGUCUAUAACGUUUCUAGGCUCUGUUAUCUCAGCAGAGGGGAUCAGUAUGGACCCUACCAAGGUUCAGGCCGUGCUCGAUUGGCCCGUCCCUGAUUCUCGUGUCUCGCUACAGCGCUUUCUCGGUUUUGCUAAUUUCUAUCGCCGCUUUAUACGCAACUUCAGCCAGGUGGCCGCGCCGCUCACCGCCCUCACUUCGGUUAAGUCUCGCUUCGGCUGGUCCGGUUCUGCGCAGGAGGCGUUUUUGACCGGCUAAAGACCCAUUUUUACGUCCGCGCCUAUCCUCCUCACUCCAGAUAGCUCAAGACAGUUUAUCGUUGAGGUCGACGCCUCCGAGGUAGGGGUGGGAGCCGUUCUUUUCCCAGCGGUCAGCGUCGGAUAA